AUGCCCUGCCCGAUAAGCAUCACUAAAUUCGUGGGGACCAUCUCCCUCGGCCUCCUGACGGGGACGUCCUACACUCUGCAAUCCAUAACUCUCCCUUCCCUUGCGCUUCUCCCCUCCGCCUCUCUGGCGGCGCGGACCCUCGCCACCAUCCAGACCCAGUCGACACGGCAGAUCCUGACUCUCGCGUCGAUCUCCUCCCUGUCUCUGAUCACCGCAUACACCCUCGCCAGCCCGCGCGGCCGCCACCCGUAUCUCCUCUGGACCGCGCUGGUGAGCUUCAUCGGGGGACAAGGUGUCGAGUACUGGUUCAAUGGCUUCUCGCGGUUCCCGUCAUGGGGUAUCAGUAGGCGAUCGAACGGACAAAGUGGACAUCUGAAGGCCUCGAGGGUCGCCACAAGUCCCUCGGCGGCGGGUGAUGAGAGCGGAUACAUCGAAGUCGAGUCGGACAGCAGUGACGAACAGCAGGUCAACGGCGAAAAGGUCGAGAUGGAGAUGGUCCGGGAGCGCAAAGUCCAGAAGGUCCGGAGUUGGAUCGCCGGAGUUGGAUUUGCGAUGGGCGUCGUCGGGAUCUGGGGUGAUGGUGCUUGA